GAUCUGGUCGGCGUUCUUGAUGUGCGUCCACGGCGUUGGCGCCGCUGUUAGCAGGUCAGUUCAAAGUUUUGAAGCAUAUAUCACUUGGUGGAAUUUUAGUUGCUGUAAACGCCCCAUAUCUGGGAAUUUUUGGGCACAAUAAAAUUUUCUAACUGCGCUAUUGCUACUUUUCAAGGGAUCGUUUUAUAUAAAACUAUAAAAUAGAAAUAAAGAUUUACACAAAUAAGUAUAGGUAAUCAUGCGAUGGCGAGUACAAUUAGGGAUUAAUAGUACGAGUGAUGUUUGGAAAUUUUGCCAAAAUUGUACGAGCCGCCGGGGCGAGUCCAAUUUGGCAAAUUUCCAAACAUCACGAGUGCUAUUAAUCCCUAAUUGUACGAGCAACAUCGCAUGAUUACUUGUUUAUUAUUAGCAUGACAAAAUUGGAUACGUACUUCUCAAUGUCAACAUCAUAUUCUCUCGCCAAAGCCCAGUCCUGCCAGACUUUCAACCAAAAUUUGGUGCUUUUGUUUGUAUUUUCAUUUAGUUCUUUUGUUAAAGCAAAAUUUGGUGCUUUUGUUCGUAUUUUCAUCUAGUUCCUCUAGGGCAAUUAUGAAUUUCAUUUCACGUUUGUGUAAAAUACCUUUCCACCAUUUUGUUUGUUUUGCCGGAAAAAUCAUUAAUUGUACUGCAGUACAAUUAAUGAAAUAAUUGUAUUCCUCUCAACCAAUCAGCAUCCAGUAAUUUUGUCAUGCUAAUAAUAAGUCAUGUUAGAUGAAACAAUAUUGAAACAAUUUGCUUCGUUAGUGAAAAUUUGUGGGGGGAAAUUUGGGGAAAAUGCAGAUUUCUAGAAAUAUAGUUAGAAUUUAUUUAUUUUGUUUGAAUACAUUAAAUUUCAAAUGAGCCAUCAGUCCAUCGUGGAUUUCUUUUCCAUCUUGCAGUAAUUAUUAUUUUCCACCGUGGAUUUCUUUUCCAUCUUGCAGUAUUUAUUAUUUUUAACUACAGUUUUGUUUUGUCAAUAUUUCAGGUUGUUUGGCUCGGGGAGACAAAAUGGCGGUUCUUCUCAAAACUAUGCCACCAUUAGUCAGGACACCGAGCAUCUCGUCCAAUCAGAUUCAACCACUGUCAUCAACCAAUCAAAACAACGCAAGGCAAAUCAAAGUAAACCUUCGCCUCGAAAGAAACUAAGUUUAAUCAACCGUCGAAAAGAAACCCAAGCUAACGCGGCUAAACCCGGAAAACCACCAAGACCUAAUCCACCGAACUUCGGAAACGUCCGAGGACCAGGCGAUGGUCCCCCGAAACAGUCCGGAGAUGUUUUACGUCCGCCAAGACCUGAUCCGCCUUCCAACGUAGGUGGCCGAGGGCCAACCGACUCUGCCUCGAAGCGGCCCGGAGAUACUUCACGGCCGCCCAGACCUGUUCCGCCUUCCAACGUAGGUGACCGAGGGCCAACCGAUUUCCCCCCGAAGCAGUUCGGAGAUGUUUCGCGUCCGCCAAGACCUGAUCCGCCUUCCAACGUAAGUGGCCGAGGGCCAACCGACUCUGCCUCGAAGCGUCCCGGAGAUAUUUCACGGCCGCCAAGACCUGAUCCGCCUUCCAACGUAGGUGGCCGAAUGCCAACCGACUCUGUCUCGAAGCGGCACGGAGAUAUUUCACGGCCGCCAAGACCUGAUCCGCCUUCCAGCGUAGGCGGCCGAGGGCCAACCGAUUCUCCUCCGAUGCAGCACGGAGAUAUUUCACGGCCGCCAAGACCUGAUCCGCCUUCCAACGGCGGCCGAGGGCUAACCGAUUCUCCUCCGAAGCGGCUCGGAGACGUUUCACGCCCGCCAAGACCUGAUCCGCCUUCCAGUGUAGGCUAUCGAGGGGCAACCGAUUCUCCUCCGAAGCGACACGGAGAUAUUUCACGCCCGCCAAGAUCUGAUCCGCCUUCUAGCGUAGGCGGCCGAGGGCCAACCGAUUCUCCCCCGAAGCGGUUCGGUGAUAGUCCACGGCCGCCGAGACCAGCCCCACCUUCUAAGGCGGUGGAAGAGACAUCGAACGUAAGCGAUGCUCGUCGCAAACAACUCGGAGAUAUUUUUCGCCCUCAAAGACCGGAUCCACCUUUCGGUGUCGGAAACCGAAGAGUGAACGAAGAUUCCCCGAAGACUACUGGUGGUAACGAAGUACAGGUCACGAAAAAUGCCGAUAAUAGCCCGAAGAAGCAACCGGUAUCGCCCGUCAAGGAUUCUGCAACCAUAAAACUUCCGAAACGUAGAUCGUCUAUUCAGAAACCCGCAUCGCCUCAAAAACCGGAGGUAAUAUCUCCGUCAUCUCAAAAAACCCAGGUGAAAUCCUCGGCCAUCCCCCUAGAUGCUGAAAAUAACCGAGUUGCAACGCUAAGACAACGCUUGCUUGAAAUGCAAACUACCCAGAAGAGAGGAAGUAGGAAAAUUUCAAUUCCAAUCUCGAAAUCUGAAGGAAAUGUAGCGAAGAAGACUCGUAGUUUAGAAGAUAAGGUAAAGAAUGACACGUUGAGCCGCCCUAAAGAGCCGUUUACAUUUGCGCUGCGAUUUUAGAUGCGAAUUUCUUCUGAAUGGUUGUAAAUGAGUUAUGAAUGUUCAGAUGAGGGUACAUACAUAUAUGUACUCAGAACAUUUAUAACUCAUUCACGUGGGGCUUUGGUGACACUUUAACGAUAAAAAUUUUACAAGAUAUGCAAACCAAAUAGUAAAAUUGCUCAAGUGGUUCCGAAUAUUUGAAAAACAUAGAAAAAUGUUUGUGGUGUUACUCUGAGCGCAUAUCCACACCGGGCGAGCUUGAAAAAUAUGCCCGGCCACGGUGGGAAUCGAACCUCCCACCGGGCACACGACGUCGUUUCAACGUUGAAAUUUGGUAGAAAAAAGGUUGCGACGUCGACAACCUAAUAUCUACGUUGCUCUGACGUUGUUUUACAAACAUUGGUUCAACAGCAGCCAACAGACGUUGAAUUAACGUUCAUUCAUGGUUCAAUGUACGACGUCGAUUUGUGAACCAAUCUCAACGUUAUUUUAACGUGGAUUCAACGUUGAAUUAUGGUUGACGAGAUUGGCAACCUAAUUUCAACGUUGUUUCAACGUCGAAACAGUAACGUCGAUCCAAUUUGCAUAGUCAACCCUUUUUCAACGUCUAUCCAACGUCUGGAAGGUCAUUUCCAACGUUGAUUCAACGUUGGAUAAACGUCAUUUUGCCCGCUGGGCUACGACCUUUGAAAUACUAGCCCAAUGCUCUGCCAACUAAGCUACGCGGUCAGGACGGUUCGAGUAAGUGACAUUUCGGAACAGAAUCUAGUUCCUUCGAUAUCAGUGUAAUCUUGUAAUAUGAUUUUUUCUGCGUUGGUGUUGUGUACUCAGGUGGAUAUAAUGUUUGUGGUGUUACUUACUCGAACCGUCCUGACCGCGUACGUAGCGUAGUUGGCAGAGCAUUGGGCUAGUAUUCCAAAGGUCGUAGGUUCGAUUCCCACCGUAGCCGGGCAUAUUUUUCAAGCUCGCCCGGUGUGGAUAUGCGCUCAGAGUAACACCACAAACAUUAUAUCCACCACACAACACCAACGCAGAAAAACUAACAUAGAAAAAUUUUGAAAAUUGAAAAUUCGCGUCUCGUUGCCAAAUCGCGUCCGUCUGUAUGGACCUUAAUGUGAAAAGAGUCAGUCAACGCUCUACCGAAAGUCGUGGGUUUUCUCCGGGUGCUCCGGUUUCCUCCCACAGGGAAUGUUCACAGGGUGGGUUGAGAUUAGCCCCGCCCUAACUGACCCUUCCACCGUAGCUGUGCUCCGUUGUCAGACAUGAGUCAUAAGGUGACUGGAUCAGGUUGAGUCCCUCGUAACUCAGCUUGGCUCUCAGUCAGGAUGACUAGCACACCCCACUUACUCACUUACUUACUAUCAGUGCAUCAGAGAAAAUUGCAGCAAAAAUUACAAUGGUAUUCUGUCUCUCUAUACCGUCUAAUGCCAGACGAUUUUACUUGCUAAAGGAAAGACCCAUUCGAGUUCCGUUGAUGUUCAGUGGCGUAGCCUGCCUGACAAUUUGCUCAUGCUAUGCAAAUUUUAAAUCAUCAUUAUUCAUUUCUAUAUUUCUCUUUCGACACACUUUAAAUAAUUAAUUGACUAAAACCAUGUCAUAUACAAAUAAAAUAUUUUGUAAAAAUUACAAAGUUGGCGGUAAAAAAAUUUAAAAAAAUUAAAAAAAUUUUAUUUGUAUAUAACAUGCCAGAUGAUCUUGAUACGCGGAAAAGUACUGGCACUAGAUGUCAAAUAGAAAUCCAUUUUGUGAUUAAAACAACUGAAUAUCUCCUGUAAUAUACUUUAUUUCGAUUCCAUAUUUUUGUCAGAGCUAUAGUUCUCAUAACCAAACAUAAUUACAAAAUUUCAACUAGUUUCAUAAAGAAUAACGAAAGAUAUAAUUGACUGAAUACAUCAAAAUGGAUUUCUAUUCGGACAACCCUUUCUGAGCGCUGAUUGGCUAAAAUACGAACACGAGAUCACCUGGUGGUUUUUAAUUGUUUAAAGUGUGUCGAAAGAGAAACAUAGACGAUAUGUCUUCGAAAAGCACAAAGCCUAAAAUAUUGUAAAAUUAUUUUAAUUGGUCUGGUCUUUGCCGCUAAGACAUCCAUGGUAUCACAAAAAGAUUUUAACUAAAUUCCUACCUGAAACGACAAGUGAUCUUCGUCAAGGCGAAUUUCAGUUUUUAACUUUUUUUUUUAGCUAUUUUGUGGAGCUGGUCUGGCGCCCACCCUCUUUCCUUUGUUUAACAAACCGAAGAAAACCCCAGUGCCGUCUGGUCAAGAACGACAACAUCCUACCCUAGAGCGCUCCUUCUCUGUCGGUAGCUGUGUGUAUGAUUGUGUAAAGUUUGAAGAAUUUUUUAAACCGUAGAAAAUUUUUAAUUUCCAUACAUAUACUAAUGGUAAAACUGCUUUGAGAUUGUGAAUGGAAUUUUGUUUAUCUGGUGAUAAUGUCAUCGAUGUGUAGAAAUUUUGUUUAUCUGGUUAAUGUCAUCGAAGUACACAUAUUGAACGCGAAACUCUACAUCUAACAGAAGUCUAGACCUAUACCAACUGAAGUCUUCCGCAUUAAUUAAUCAUUUCUCUCGGCAUGAAGAUAGUUUAGCUUGUUGAGUUCGGCUCACUCAUUGGUGAGCGGAUUUCCCAACAACGGAUUUCCCUACCGAUGUUUCGCCAUGUUUCACAGAGUGGGGAAACACUAGGAAACAUUCGUGAGAAACAUAGGGAAACAUCAAAUGUUUCUGAAUUUCGUAGGAAACAUUUUUGCUUCCCGGGAAGC